AUGCAGCAGAGUAUAUCGCCGACGGCGUUCGCCUCGCUGGAAGAGCGAAUCGCGAAUCUCAACUGGAGGAAAAUCUGCAACGAGCGGGAGAUUCAAGGCACACUUCGCUUCAGUAAGCAGCUCCAGGAAAGGGACGAGUUCAUCCGUGCCGCCAAGAGUGGGAACAAGGCCCAUCGCCUACGCAUGCAGCAAGUGAUCAAGGACGAGUUCGCCAAGCCGCUUCCUGUGACGCCUCAGUUUUACGAGGAGCUAACUGCACUCCAACGGAAAGAAGAGCUGAAAGCACAGCAGGCAGCCGACAGACACCUGACUCAGCUGCACUACAUCCAGACAAAACUCGACGCUCGUGAGGCUCAAGUGACGCGCAAGAAGGAGUUUGAACGGAAGAAGAAGGAGCUGUUUGCGGGUAGCUAG